AUGGCAGCGGCAUCGACGGUCAAAUCGGAGCUGCAGCAGACACGGCAAACCAGCAAAACCCACAUGGGCGACGAUACAACAUCGACGGUCUACGCGGGAGAGCUGCAUGGUAUUGUGUUGACCCUCGGAAUGGCUCAGGCAGACAAGCAAAACGGAACCACAGAAGCAAGGUCUUCAUCCACACCGACAACCAAGCCGCUGUCAGAUCGCCAGCCAAACCAAAGGGGGAAUCUGGCGCGUACCUCCUCAAGAUCAUCGCAAUCAAGACACAAGCCCUCCGAGACCAAAGACUCGAAGUCGAGCUCCGUUGGGUGCCUGCUCACAUCGGCAUCCAGGACAACGAAGCAGCAGAUGUCGCCGCGAAAAAGGCCACGGGAUGGAGGCAGAGCAGACAGCCAGGACAGACAAGCCAAGAGCCUUGUUCAAGCUCCGGUCCAUAAUCAAGACAUGGCCGCACCACAGUCCCACCAAACGUGGCAAACCAACUGGGAAGCCGAGACGCGAGGAAGAACGUCCUUCCGUCUCACGCCGAAGCCGAUAAAGAAGGUCCUCGAACUCCACAAAGGCCUCAGUAAACGCCAAAGUGCACUCUUGGUCCAGAUGCGCACGGGAAAGAUCGGGCUCCAGGACUUCCUCUUCAACCGAAGAGUACCAGGCACCACCAGCGCCAACUGCACCUGCCGGGAAGGACGACAAACGGUAUCGCACAUCCUGCUGCGAUGCCGCAGAUUUCGACAACUCCGACGCCAGGAAUUCGAAACCCUUCCAGGACGACAUAAUCUCCGGAUCAUACUGAACAAGCGCAAAGCAGCCGCCAAGGCAAUCCGAUUCGUAGAACAGACCGAGAUCCUUAGGCAACACGGGAUCGAGUCGCAACCCAGACAGAGCUGA